AUGGAUGAUCAAAAUGAUGGACUUGAUGGUGCUUCUAGUCAACCUAUUGAGCAUCAUAUUCAUGAAUCAUAUGAGGAAUUUGAGGGUAAUACUGAUGUUGAGAAUGAAUCUACUGAACAAAGUAGUGCUAAAAGUAAGAAAUUAACUUCAGAAGCAUGGACUUAUUUUGACCUUGUACAUGUGAAUGGUGUACAAAUGGCAAAAUGUAAGACUUGUAAGAAAAUACUUUCCUACAAAAGGAAAAUCGAUGGAUCUACUUACUUAGCAGUUAAUGAAAAGCCAAAGAAGGUAGUUUUUGAUCAAGAAGUAUCAAGGAAAGAAUUGAUGAAAAUGGUGGUAAUGCAUGAGUAUCCUUUAUCAAUGGUUGACCACAUUGGUUUUAGAAACUUUGUGAGGAGUUUAAAUGACAACUUUAAGAUGAUUUCGAGAAACACAUUGAAAAAUGAUGUGAUAAAAACGUACAACACCGAGAGGAGCUCUCUUAAAGUCUUGCUGGAGCGUAAUGAGGGUAGAAUUGCAAUAACAACUGACAUGUUUACAAGACAUGAAACAGUAACGAAGAGGAAAUCAAUUGUUUUCGAAAAUGAAAAUAUUAGAUAA